AUGGAGGCGACACGAAAAUUCCAGAAUUCAGUUAUUCUUAACAUAACAUCCGAAACCAAUGCUCACGGCCUAGUGAUGAGAACGAAGGAGCACAAGGAAAAAAGCGAUCUUUGCCAGACUACUGCGAUCACACUACUUCCAACUCCUUUUCCGCGAAAGCUAUUUGAACAAGCUGUCAAAGUUCAGAAUGUGAGUUGA